AUUUGGUACGGUCCAUCCGUUCGUGUGGCCGCGCAACCGAUAUCGCACGCGCUUGCCUGUUCGCUCGCAUUCCGGUCCCGGUGGUGGGCAUCGGUCGGUCGGUUUCGCAUCAUUUAAUUGCUGGUCAUCGGUAAGACCAACGACCAAACCCCAGCCCCCCUUAGGUGAAUUCGAGUGAUAAGUUGGGCCUCGAGGCCAUGACGAGAUCACACUCGGUGAACGUGAACCGACCGUCCGGAACGGACCGGGUCUCGCGCCCAACGUGAACGUGAAGCUGCGUGUGACAACGAUUCGCUCAUAAGUCAAACAAACCCGAACAAAACACAAAAAAGGUGCGAAUCUUACAGACCGUUCCCAGUUCUCCGGUGGGUUCCCAAAGGGGGUAUGCGAGAACGUCGGUGAAGUGAUGCGGUGGUGAUACUUGUAGUGAUUAAAGUGUGACGAAGGGCAGACGGGUGUGAGGUGUAGUGGAGAGUGAAGGGUGAACGCUGGUAAAGGUGAGGAUGAUGGGUCAAUAAACAAACAGACGCCAUACACAAACCAGCCGUUUCGGAUCAUCGUCGGAACGACGCGUUUUGAAUCGCACAAAUGACCACACAUCGUUGUGCACGGCUAAUUUAGCAGCUUGGAGGUUGGUUUUCCUUACCGCGUGUGCUAUUGUGAUUAAGUUUCUAUCGUUGCCUUUCGAACGGCCUGUCGCUCCACUAUAGUUCCCUCACAAACCUACACGGUGAUCGUGCCACGAACGCAUUCAAGCGCACGUACACGAUCUCGAGUGUUCUAGCAAGAAAUUGCAUUUAACAUCAAGUGCUCCACAAAAAAAAAGAAUCCAGAACCUCCCCCCCCCCCUCAAAAUUGCAUUGCAGAACGCUCAAUGUCAGUGGGUACCGGUUACUGGGUGAAUGUGAUAAAAGUUUUGCCAAACUUCCGAUAGAAAAGCUACCAAUCAUCCAUCCCAUACCGCGUUCAGCUCGGUGAGCUCAGUUUGCAGUUCGGAAAGAAGCUGUCACCCCGAUCCCCGCUACUGUUCCCAGUGCAGUGCGGAAAGUUUGAUAAAAUAUGGGCGAGUGAAAGAAGUUUUUUGCAGCCAGAUUUUGCAUCUGCCAGCGGGAAGUGAACGAAUUCCGUGUUACCAUAUACGCAUCUGUAAAACGACCUAGUGGCAUUCAGAUUUAUUAGCCCCCGUUCGAGAGCUGUCGAUCAUGAUGAUGCGUUCCCACAACUACUACUUCUACCACUACUACUACAACCACCGUCAUCUUCGCACCACCGAAAAAUGAACCACACGCAAUCGUUAGACGAUCGAGGAACGAGACGACAACAGCAGCGCACAAACGCAUCGCCACCAAUACCGCUGCGUCUCGUAACGGUUACAACACUACCAGCCACCGUCACGGGAGCAACCGGCCGCUUUGUCACAUCGUCAGCCAUCAACCUGUCCGAGCGGCUCGAUCACACGACGCACACCCGAAGCGUCCCAGGUCUAGCUGCCAGUGCUGCCAGCAUUGGCAAUGCCGCAUCCCGCGUGGUCGCCGGCAGAAGCCGUAGGUUAGCGGCAUCUUCGGUCAACGGCAGUGAGCUGUUCGAAACCGGCAGUGGACGACCGUACGAUGGGCGACCGUUGUACGAUCCCCUGGAGGCUACGACUUCGGCGGUCAAUCGUGCAGCGGAGCAGGCGUUUUUCAGUACCGUCCCUUCGAGCGCGUUUUUCGGUACCGGUGCCGGGCUCAGUGAGAGCGGUGUCCUGCUCGAAGGCAGCACGCUGGUGGAGGACCUUGUCUCCACGACGACCAGUGCAAUCGCGACGGUAGGAUCGAUCGAUCCGACCGCGCGCCAGAUCGAGAUGCCGAAAGCGAUGGACGAGCACUUUCUCAUUGCCAACUGGCAGGACUGCGUCGUUGUGAUACUCUUCUGCCUGCUGAUCGUCGUAACUGUGAUCGGUAACACGCUCGUCAUACUGUCGGUCAUCACGACACGCCGUCUACGCACCGUUACCAACUGCUUCGUGAUGAGCCUGGCUGUGGCCGAUUGGCUGGUCGGUAUCUUCGUCAUGCCGCCGGCCGUAGCAGUCCAUCUGAUGGGCUCCUGGCAGCUCGGAUGGAUUCUGUGUGAUAUAUGGAUCUCAUUAGACGUACUUCUAUGUACAGCAUCAAUUCUCAGCCUUUGUGCCAUUAGUAUAGAUAGAUAUCUAGCCGUAACGCAACCAUUAAAUUAUUCCCGUCGUCGGCGCUCGAAACGGUUGGCGCUGCUGAUGAUCCUUGUCGUAUGGGUGCUGGCACUGGCCAUCACAUGUCCCCCGAUUCUUGGAUGGUACGAGCCGGGCCGUCGAGAGCUGGACCAGUGCCGUUACAACCAGAACGAAGGCUACGUUGUCUUCUCGGCCAUGGGCUCAUUCUUCAUCCCGAUGACGGUGAUGGUGUACGUGUACCUACGGAUAUCAUGCGUUGUCGCCUCCCGGCACGAUAAGAUGACGGAAAUCGAAGUCCACAAGAAAAGUCAUCGCAUUCGUGAACCGGAGGAAGAUGGCUAUCAGUCCGAGCUGGAUCCGAUCCCAUUGAGUCCGAAGCGAAAGCGGUCCUCGUCCCAGCUCUCCACCGCCACCACGACGUACGUGGCACAGCUCGGACCGAUGCUGGACGACAGUGGCCCACUGAAGCCGGCUACCAAGCGAAACAACCACAAACAUGGGCCCUACGAACUGAUGGACAUGAGCACGGUCAGUGGUGGUACGCUGAACAAAACCGCAAUCCUGUCUACGACCGGCAAUGGAACAGGUUGCGCUAAUGCCGCUCCAGAAGGACAUCAGGAGCAGCGGCGCACGUGCGGCGAUGAUGGAACGAGCCUUGACGCCAUUGUCGAUGAUCCUGCCGUCGAUCCAGCCGACGGUCCUGGUGGUGGCAGUCCUGAGAGUAAUAUAAGCACCGGUGCUGCAACUACUACUACUGCUUCUGCUGCUGCUUCUGUCACCGGCCCAGCCGGUGGGCCUGCUGUCUCGGCCAAUUACAACCAACUUGCCUCGACGGCCGAACGCUGGUCGUCGGGCAAUAACGUUUUCAAUCAACAAAGCCACAAACCACAAUCCCAUUCGACGGCGAGCUUUGUGCCGCGCGCUACCUCCUCCCCGCCACCCAACCUAUCCCAGCAGCACUUCCACCAUCACCACCAUCAUCACCACCAUCACCAUCACCAUCAUCACGACGGUGGACGGCCGACGGCGGCACUGGCAGCGGCGGGAGGCGGCGGUGGUCUUCGACGGAACAACACGGUCAACACUUCCAUCACGACCUCGACGUGCAGCUCGGUCCAGCUGGUGGGUGGACGAUCGUCCGGUGGCAACAACAUCCGCAUCCACCAGAAAUCCCUCUCGUCCCGGAUCUCCUCGAUGAAGCGCGAAAACAAGACGACCCAAACGCUCAGCAUCGUCGUCGGUGGCUUCAUUGCCUGCUGGUUGCCAUUCUUCAUACACUACAUCAUUACGCCCUUUCUGCCGAAGGACUGGACCGUGCCGAAGCUGGGCGAGUUCUUUACCUGGCUCGGCUGGAUCAACAGUGCCAUCAAUCCGUUCAUCUACGCCUUCUACAGCGUUGACUUUCGGGCUGCCUUCUGGCGCUUAACGCUGCGCCGGUUCUUCCGCAACAGCGAGAAGGCCCCGUUCGCCAACAUUCACAACCUUUCGAUGCGUGCACGAUGAGGUACUGGACGGGUUGGGUACACUUCCUCCCCUCCCCUUCCCCUCGUCACCUCCACACCCAUUUGCUACCGGAUCAUGUCGGGCAGUAGAAUGGUUCGGAACAACGCAACCGCGGACGAUGUUGAUGAUUGAUUGAGCAAUCGAGUUCCACCGGGGCGUCCAGCUCUAGCUUGCCAGGAAUUCGAACGACGAUGAUGAAUUCCAGCCCGAGCUGGACGCAAAAUGACCGAUGCGAUCGUCUAUCCGAUUUGGUCAAAUGGGCAAUGACCAAACGCGGGCAGCACGAUGAGCACGAUAAGCGGGUACGGGUCCUGGCAAAGGGCACAACGCUUCCUCUUACGUUGGUGGGUUUUAUUCUAUGGCUUUACGAAAUUAGUCACGUUUUACGCUUAUCAUUAAAUGGUUGGCGCUAGUAUUGUAAGGAGUAUAAUGUAGUUAACCAAGCAAGAAGCUCUUAAUAGCUCAGCUGUUAUUUGCUGAAUAUUAAUGAUAUGUGGAAGAAAAUUCAAUUUUCCUCCCGAUUUUUAUCAUUAUGUUUUUAAAAAUUUAUUCUCGAUUGCGCCAUGGAGUGUUAAAAAUAAUAAAAAAAUCUGCGAACACAUUAAGCCAGUGAGGUCACGCGCGCGCAUAUUUUAUUACGCACCCAUAUCAAUUAUUUGGCUGCCAGACACGAAGUGUCAAUGAGGUGUAGCUUUCGACACGUAUGCUCCUUCAUUAAGUACGUGAUUUCAUCGCAAAAUGAACCAUUUCCACCACUCGUUAGCAUCCUGUUUCACUGAGUAACGCUUUGCGAAUUAACGAGAAAUUGAAACAGAUGUUCAAGCAAGAAUAUUGGCACCACGAACGAUAGUUACGCAUUUCCACAGCGAACGAUAAAGCAGGGUCAAUUUCUGAUUACAACAUUGUAGCUGAUGACAGCGCUCCAUCUUUCCGCUGAGGCUGAGUCAUUGGAAUGGGGCCAGGAAAUGGACUUUAAAAACAAACUUUAAAAUGAUGCGUUGGUUGCUGGACGUCCUGACAAUGCGUUCAUAAGCUUUUACGGAGCUUGCCUUCAUGACUGGCCACAUUCAUCAUUAUACACCGGUCACACACAUCUUGAAACGUCUUCAGUACGAUGCUGCAGCUACUACUGCUGCUGCCGCUUGUUCUAGGCUCUCGUUACGAGCACACAAACCACCGCAUCGAGCGGUGGCCCAUAUUGCGCCACUCGGCCGAGCUGAGGGCACUUCUCACCUUACUUAAACAGCUCUACAAAAAGCUCGUAGCGUCGAGGUGUGUUCAAAGGCACCAGCAGAAGCAGCAGCAGCAGCAACAGCACACGUAUACUUAAAAGAAAAAAACAACAUGGCAGGAAUGAAAAUGAAGUGUCAUCGUUCACAUUUGCCGCCAUUUCGCUACAAAGCCCUUUUGUGCGUUUGUCGGUGUGCCUGUCCCUUUUAUUAUUCUGGUCGGGAGCAUUCCCUUUGUUUGGGGCGCAUAAUAGAAUAAAAGUGAACCCGGGACGACCGAGUAAAGAAAUGUGUACCUAUCCGUUCCGUGAAUCUGCUCACGGUGGUGUUGGCAUUGGGUGGUAAAUAGAGACAGAAAGCACGAUGGGACAGGCAGACACUUACACACACAGUGGACAAUUAAAUAAAAGAUAUGGCGGGGAAAAAAGGAGUCAGAAAGAGUCACGGAGCGGUUUUGUACACUAACAAUAUGGUGGUUUGAUUUAUUCCCUGGCUUCCUGGUUUCUACCGAGUGUCGAUUAGGCACAAUACCAUCGUCUACAGAAGGAUUUCAAACCGGAUUCAAUAAUGCAGCGUCCAAUUUCUGAUCAACUCUUCCCCCCGGUUUGUCAUCCAUCAUCCCAUGAUAUUAUAUUAAUAUUUCGCUCGUUUGCAACUCCUCUGACCCAUGCAAAAUGCAACAUGCAAAAGGGGACUACUAGCCUGAAAAGAGGCUUACAAGUGAGUUCAAGCUUUUCAUCAGGCGUCCUUCCAUAUUGUGUUCGGCAAAGCAGGCAAAAAAGGGCACGGUGAAAGCAGAUUGAAAAUCAUUCUCUAUUAAAAUUUAUCCAACACCAAAAUAAGAAAACAACAACGAAUCGAAACACUCAUCCCACUGCGCUAUUAAAAUCAUCCGGCAGGUCAAUAAAUUUCAUUUUCCCCGUUAUGAUUUAUUUGUUUGGGUUUGAGUUUUUUCCCUUUCGCUUGGAAAGCUAAAUGG